AUGGGUCUAGUUGUUCAUUAUGUUAAUGCAAAUUGGGAGCAUAAGUCAGUUGUUAUUGGGCUAGAGGCACCUAGUGAGGCACAUACUGGCGAACAUUUGGAUGCCUUGUUUUUGAGGGUUCUUGAUAAUUACGAUAUCCGGUCGAAGCUUGCAUUCAUUAAAAAGAACAUUCUUCCAUGUCUCCCUCAUGUUAUGAAUUUAUGUGUUCAGCAGCUUUUCAAAACAGCUUUUGGAUCUACCGCCACAGCCAACACGAAAAUGCGUCAUGCCGCCGAGGAGAACGAAAGACAAGAAGAUAGUCAAUCUGGUAUUAGCGGGGAAUACGAACGCAUGGAGGUUGAUGAGGAUGGUGACGCUGAAAUGGAUGAAGACCCAAAUGACAGUGGGGUUAAUUAUGACAAGGAUCCCAUAUCCAAGAUGCGUCGUGGAAUUAUUACGAUCAGAAAAUCAGCGAAUCUGACUAGAUCGUAUAAGCACCAAUUCAUCACAAUUUACAAGGGGGAAUGGUAUCUGUGUCAUAGACAGGGACAGAAUUUCUAUAAUAAGGAAAUAGAAAAAGAAAACUCUGUGUUACCUCACAGAGUAUCUUCAAAUCCAAAUAUACCUGCUUAUCUUGUUUUGAAGUACGAUACACCAACACGUUGGAACAGCACAUUUGAGAUGAUCGAUCGGUGGUUGGAGGUAGAGAAGGCCUACAACUUGACAUGUCUGUCAAACUCUUCGAAACUUGGAAAAUAUGCUUUAAAUGACCAAGACGUUGCAUACUUAAAGAGUAGUAACGACAUUAGUCAUUCAAAUUUAUAUUAUAAUGCAAUGAUGGAACAUAUGGAGACAUUUUUAAGAAACCUGGACGACCCCAAUAAUCAACUCUAUCAAAAUAACACUAUAUUGCAAAUGAACAAGGACAAGCUUCCAUUUGGAAUAAAAAAUGCCUAUAAAAAACUUGAAGAAUACCACAGCAAAACAGAUGACAGUAACGUGUACUCGAUUGCUACUGCCAUGGAUCCAAGAUACAAAUACCAGUACUGGAGGGACAAUGACUGGCAAGAAGGCGGGUAUUUUGAACAGGCUGUGAAUAUGGUUAUCGAUGAGUGGACCGAAAACUACAAGUUCGAAACGUAA